AAUGUAUCGUUCGAGGAAGUUUUUAUAAGAUUCUUCGCGAGAGUAAUUUUGGAGUACGUUCGUAAACUAGACUCACGUCCUUGAGGAGAUCAUUUGUCGCCCUUAUGGAAAACGGCUGGUCAGUGAAGAUACAAUAGCGACGUUGCGGGGGCAUCGCAUGGCUCAAAGAGAAGGAGAACGAAGAGGAGGCAAAGGAUGGUCGUUAGUGGAGGCACCGGGCAUGCAUUAACAGUACUCCGGAUGGUCCGGUGAUUCUCCGGUUCCAUGGCUUUCUCUCCCGCCUACCUAUGAAGGAAGACAAGGUAGAAACUGAAGAAGAAGGAGAAGAAGAAGAAGAAGCAGAAACAGAAGAAGAAGAAGAAAAGAAAAAGGAGGAGAGUCCAUAGUGCUGGCGUUACUGGAGACGCCUCGGGGGGAGAAUUCUUGCGCGUCCUCAACAUCGAGUUAAGACUUCAGUCCGUCGUGAACCUUCUGCUAAAUUGCGUCACCCCAAAAGGGCCGACGACAUUAACUUUUCUUUCGGUUUAACUUUGGCGAACUUGGAUAAACUAUACUUGCGUGAGACGAAAUCAGUGGACAAGGAUUUAACGAACGACGUCAGAUAUUCACGUGGAGAACGUGAAGAUCGAUUUGUCAACGACAGGAUCAUCAUUGUCGUUAUCUCCGCCAUUAUGUGCCGAAUCCUUGGAAUCCUCGUGUUAUUUUCUACGGUUAGCGUAAUCGUUGCUCAAGACUACGAGAUUUCCGACAUUCAAUGCAGUGGCGCCGGUUCAGCAGCCGAUCUUCUCACAGCGAAAAUUAGAAGACCGAUCGGUUUCAGAGGAGCUCCGUUAUUUGCCGAUGAUAGAUCGGCCAAUCCUCUCAUCGACAUUCAUUGCCAAAUUAGACCGGAUCCUAACGAUCCUCAAGAAGACAACUACUUCCUCAAAGUGACGGAUUUUUCGCGAUGCGGUGUUCUCAAAAGAAACGGAUUCAUUCAUUUACGGAUAUGGUUUCCGGCAUUUCCCGGUGUCGUAAUGCUGGCCGAUCAAGAAUUGAUCCUCAUGUGUCGUCCACCUGAGCCCACGUUGCUUAGGCACAAAGCGGCUGGUUUUGCUGGUACAUUUCCACAUGGUGCUAGAGUAUCCGGUGUAGUAGAGGAGACACCAGGUCGAUUAGAAUACGAAGUUGCUCUUUAUCGCGAAGCUACUGGUAAUAUAUCAGAAUCUAGCGGAUCGCAAACAGUCGAUCAGGCGGUGCCAAUAGGUACAAAACUUCAGUUGAGAGCUCGUAUCAGUCCUGACAGUGCUUGGGGUUACAUAAAACUUUUGGAAGUAACGGUCAGCCCUGAUCCCGAUCAACCGCAUGCUCCAGGGAGCGUUAUCCUUGUUAAAGAUGGCUGUAGAAAUCGAGAUUUCGCAUCGAUCAUUCCUCAUCAACCGGCAAGGUAUCGCGAGAGAAAGAACGAGGUAUUUUUGGAUUUCGAAGCAUUCUUGCUUAGUUCUAUGCGAGAACGAUCUACUUUAUGGAUACACUCGCAAAUAAAGGCUUGUAUGGAACCGCAAGAUUGUCAACCGGAUUUCUGCUUGGAUCUAUUUGAGCCGUCGGGACAUGGCAAACGAAGAAAACGAAAUGUCAACGAAGAAAUCGACGGAGCAUUCUUGCCUAAGAUCGAACGUCUCAUCAAGAGUUACAAUGACUCAACGCCUUUUACGAAAUUCAAAGAGAACAUUGAGUAUACCGUCAUGAUGCCAGACGAUAUUUACAACAAAGUUGCAUCUGGCUUGGAAGGUAGUUGCGGUAGUUUUCUUUACGUGGCUAUUGGAUUAGGUGCAUUAUUAGUUCUAUCGGCCUUCAUUAUGUGUUAUUUGGCUUCUCGUCUUCAUAAUUUAUCUUCAUCAAUCUCGCAAAACAAGUCCAUCGAUGAUCUCGUACGAGAUAGAGCGAGAAAAUAUUGUGACGCGACAUCAGGAUAUACUGGACGGUCUACCGUACAAUAAAAUAUAUCAGUCUAUUUAUUUAUAUUCGAUAAUAUUUUUGAAAUAACAAGAAAAAGCAAACGCGACGUAGAAAUGUUAGAAAUCGAACGAUGAACACUUAAUAUUUGACAAAUACUUAUAUAUGUAUGUAUGCUCGAUGUGUGUAUAUUUAUCUCGUCCGACUUAUUUAUUCAUUUAAUAGAUUAUAUUUUUCACAUAGUCUCAAUGUUUAUUAUAAUAUUUUAUAAAUAUUAAAUAUUCAUCACAGUUAGUUACGAUGGAUUUUCUUUAUCGAUGAAAUAACAUUAUUAUAGCACAUUAUAAAUGUGUCAAUAUGAUACGACUGAUAAUACUUUUAUAGCAUAGUUAUAUUGAUAAAGUAUCAUUCUAAUACGUAAUACUGAAUACCAAGAAUCUUAGGAAUUCUUAGAUUUAAGUUAAAAUAUAAAGAGCGUGUCACAAAUCGAAACGAACAUAGAAAAUUAUUUUAUAGUACAAGCGCUCUAUUUUCUCAUUUCUUUUUGCAUAUAUUCUGAAUAUUCGAAGUAUGCCCGUGUGCAAUGCUAUCACGUGACCUGAUAAAGCGAACGCAAUCGUCGAUCGCCCAUACUUACAUAACAAUCGUAGUAUUUAAGUAUUUCUCCAAAAAUGCAUUUCGUGAUCAAAAUGCAUGAAAAUAUUGGGUUGGUUAAAGGUAAAAAUAAAAUACUUCACCCUUUGUACAUAAAUCUGCACGAUAAUGUAUUAGUUGAGUUGAAUUAAUUUAAUAGAAAAAAAAUCGAAAUAUAAAAUAAAAAAAAAAAGAACAGUGUAAGAACGAAUCGAAAUACAAAAGAAAAGAAAAGUGUAAGAACGUGUAAAUUUCUUUGCCAUCCAAAAUAUCGUAUGACCAUUUAGAUUUAGCGAAAACAAUAUUGAAAUGAUUGUACGCGUAUGGUCGCAUAUAUGUUUGAUAUUAUAUUUAUUAUAAAAUAAAACAAGGUUAAUCAAAUAUCCUUGUAUUACAUUUCGUUUAGUGGUAACGACGUUUCUCUCAUAAAAUUACGCUGUACAAUAUGACGAUAUCGUUACAAUGUUAUAAAUUACGAUUCGACAUCUCGUACAAUAUCUUGUAGUAACGAACAAUUGUGAAAAUUAAUUUCUUUUUUUCUUUAAUUUUUCUAUUUUUCUGAUAGACCUGCUUUUUUCUAUCACUAAAUGAUUGUUCAACAAUUGUUUCGUGCACUAUUUUAUGCUAAUUGAAUCUAGACAACCUUCGAAACGACGAAACGAGAUAUGUAUUUUCGGUCCUAUAUAUUUUUGAUUUGCAUAAUUUUUUGAACAAACCCAUGAAGUAUAAUAUAUUGAACCAACAUUUAUUAACACAGACUUGGAACUUUAUAUUAAGUAGGAAAUCAAUACAAUAAUUACACAUGGUAUUUGAUAUCCAUACUUUACGAAGAAAAAUAAUAUUCGAAGGCACAUAUGUCCUGCAAAAAUUCUAAUUAAAAAUUAUUAUUCGCUGCUUUAACAUACAGUAUUAGACGUUUUCCUGUUCUCAUAAUAAAUAUAAUUAUCACAGGAAGUCUGUGAUAAACACUGUCUUUUCUUUUUUACAUAUGUAGCUACGUGCUUUUAUACAUUACGAGAGAAGUAUAUUUUCUUUACAAUAAAAAUUCAAUUUUUAAUUAAUAAUUAAACCGUUGAUUAACAUCAACCUAUUGUGU